CCUGAAUGGCGUUUUUCUACCCCCUCAAAAUUACGUCUUUAUAGUUUUAUAAUUAAAAAAAAAAAAGCGUAGACAUGAGGAGUCCUUUCUGCUACAGAACAACUCCCUUGGUACAGUCAAAAAGACCAGUAUUUACUUUUCAUUGAAAGAAUGGAGGCUGCUUGGUAUACCAGCUGGUGAAGAAACAAAGAGAGUAUCUUUCUUCUCCUUGGCAACUAGGAUUCUGCCCUGAGAAUCAUUAGGCACCAUGGGGAAGCGGGAUAACCGGGUGGCCUAUAUGAAUCCUAUAGCAAUGGCUAGAUGGAGAGGCCCACCUCAAUCUGCAGGUCCAACAAUCCAAGAUUAUCUGAACCGACCAAGGCCUACUUGGGAAGAAGUGAAGAAACAGUUAGAAAAUAAAAAGAAAGGCUCCAAGGCAUUAGCUGAAUUUGAAGAAAAAAUGAAUGAGAAUUGGAAGAAAGAACUUGAAAAAAGCAGAGAAAAAUUGUUAAGUGGAAAUGAGAGCUCAUCCAGAAAAAGAGAAAGAAAGAAAAAGAAAAAGAAGAAAUCUUGUCGAUUAUCAUCUUCUUCAUCAAGUUCUGAUUCUUCAAGCAGUUCUUCAGAUUCUGAGGAUAAGGAAAAGAAGCAAGGGAAAAAAAGAAAGAAAAAGAACCGCUCACACAAAUCAUCACAAAGCUCUACAUAUGAGUCAGAAUCAGAGAGCAAGGAAUCUGUAAAAAAGAAAAGGAAGUCAAAUGAUGAAACAGAGAAAGAAAAGUAUACUAAAACCCUCAGCAAAAAAAGAAAGAAAAUGUAUCCUGAAGAUAAACCUUUAUCAUGUGAGUCCUCGUCAGAGUCAGAUUAUGAAGAGGAAGUGCAAAUAAAAAAGAAGAGAAGGCAUGACGAGCAAGGAAAAGCAAUGGAUAAAGUGAAGAAGAAGAAGAAGAAACAAAACAAGAGACAUAGUAAGAAGAAGAAAAAGAAGUCUGCUUCUAGUCAUAAGUCAGGAUAACAUCAAGAAAAGAAAGCAAGAUUUCUAUACUUUAAAAAAACAAAGUGGAAUGGAAACUUCAACUGUGAAAGUUAGGGCAUAUUUACCAAAUGCACGUAUUCCCCUGUGUUAGUAGAAUUAUACCUGGACUUUGAGUUGCCAGUCAAAUGCCACUGUGCCAGAAAGUGUCAUAAUUGUUGCCUACAGCUUAAAUACAUGAAUUUAUUUGUUUGUUUGUCUGUGGUUAAUUCCUUUGGGAGCUAAAACUGUUGUUAUACUAGUAGU